AUGACGCUCCUCGACUGGUUGGAUCAGGUUACUUUCGCGCAUGAGGCCAAGUUCGCCGACCCGGAGUAUGCCCGUCGCAUGUACACCUCCUGCGUCACUGGGUUCCUUCAGCAGGGCAUCACCACGGCUUCCUAUUACGGCUCCUAUCAUGGCGAAGCUUCACGCAUCCUCGCCGAUGUCUGCUUGGACAAAGGGCAACGGGCGUUAGUCGGCAAGUGCAACAUGAAUCGGAGCGCGCCAGACUGGUACCGUGACCAGUCAGCGUCCGAAUCUCUGUUAGAAACGCGUGCCCUGAUCAAGCACGUUCAGCAGCUCGACCCCAAAAAUCUCUUGAUCAAAUCGAUUAUCACGCCACGCUUCGCGAUCUGCUGUGACCCGCCACUGCUCGAGGGUCUUGGGGAAAUCGUCCGCGAACACCCGGAUCUGCCUAUCCAGACCCACUUCAAUGAAGCAAAGGAUGAAAUAAAGUAUACCCACCAACUAUUUCCAGAAUUUGGGACGGAGGCCGACCUCUACCAGAGAUUUGGCUUGCUAAACGAACGGUCUAUUCUGGCACACUGUAUCUUCUUGCAGGAGGAAGAGAUCCGUCGCCUACAAGAGCUUCGCUGUGGCAUUUCUCACUGCCCUAUCUCCAACACUACCAUGCAAGACUUCAUGGUCGCCCCGAUCCGCGAGUACCUGCGCCGUGGAAUCAAGGUUGGACUUGGCACGGACAGUGGCGGCGGGCAUUCCUCAUCCAUGCUGGAGGUCAUGAAGCAGGCCUUUGUGGUCUCGAAUGCGCAGCAGAUGCUGACCCAGGGUCGGGACCCGGCUCUGUCGCUGCACGAAGGCUUCUUCCUAGCCACUUUGGGAGGAGCGCAGGUCUGUGGUCUCGAUGACCGGAUCGGCAAUUUUGCGGUUGGUAAGGAGUUUGAUGCACUGGAGAUCCGUACCAUGGACCUAGAACAGCCGGGAGUGAUGACUCCCGUCGAGGAGGACGACUCCAUCUCCAUGAUCUUUGAGAAGUUUCUCAUGACUGGUGACGACCGCAACAUCGCCAAGGUGUAUGUCCGAGGACGAUCGGUGAAAGUAUGA